UGGUUUUGUAAUCUGUCAUUUAGCAUGUUUUGAUGCAUCUUUAUAUAAUUGAGAUAAAAAAUAAAUAGAGGUUUAAUGAGACCAUAAAAGGGCUGGGUGACUUAUAGCUGUUAAACUUUAUUAGACAGUAAGCUUUUAGUGCCCGUUUAAUCCAAAGCAUUGCUUGUGUAUGGAGGCUAUAAACCAAACAGGGCUCUUAACCUUGCCAUUUCUCAAACUGUGAGGAAGGAGAUCCCUAGGGCUGCAUGACAGGCUGAUACAGGGGACUCCGGUGCCUCUGCCUUCUUUAUUUUGGUUACCAGAGCCUCCACUGCUAACAGGCUUGAAGCUGGGUUGCUGGGCUUUUCAAGGGUUGGUUUCAGAGAUAAACAAGGGUGUUGAAAUGAUGCCAGAUUUUAAAGGUGAACAAAAAUGUUUUGCUUGGAGCAGUUGGGCAAAUAAAAAGUAUUGCGUAGGCUCUCAGGUAUUCUAAUGGAGUUUCCAACCAUGGGGUUGGAGACCAAACCAAGUUUUAUAAAAGGAACUGGAAAACCACAAAUAAAGGGCUGUGAAACAUCCAAGUUAGGAAUAAUUGUUUAGGCUCUGCAGCAGGUACAGCAGGUUUUCAAAUGUCUGUUGGCAAUGACUCCUGGUAUUUUUAACAACCAAAAGCUGUCGAUAACAUGAGAUUUGUGUGUCCUGUGCAAAGUAGUUUUCUAUUGUUUGUCUAGUGGAGAAGUGUCUAUCUUACAGAGUCAAAUUCACAGAUGUGUUUGCUUUAAAUGUGUCUUUUAUGCGGUCAGCAGCAAAGGAAAAUCUGGGUGAAGGUGAAUCACCAUUACUACAGUGGGGUCCUGGAUUUGUGAAGCAGCCCCUCAAGCAGAAUCCAGGUCACUGUUAGCUGAGCCAUAAAUGGAUUUCUGGAGUCCUGCUCCAAGGAUGGGCUGACUCCUGUGUGAAACGGUGUCAUGACCAACAUCUACCAAACCACUUUCUUCUGAAAUGGUUCUUCUGUGUGUUUUGUUUUCCUUGCUACAUCACAAAUAGAAUACAAAUAAAGGUAUAAAAUGUGGGAUAAAGGUAUUAUUCUCAUGCUGUUUAGUGCAACAUUUUCAGUGAAUAAAGCAUUACUGUUGAUGAACUGUGGAGAGAUGAGGUGGUGCUAACAAAACAAGUAAAAGCUGAGGCUGGAAAUGAUGCAAGAAAGUUUGUUUGCAGUUGAUUCCAUCCAAGUAUUGAGUGCAGCCCGGAGUGAAAACAAAGUGCUGGGAUUUUAUUGCAAGCCCCUUGUAGUAAAUCUGUAAACCAUGACCAAUCUGUCUCCCAGAGCCAACAGUGUAGUUUCGAUAAUGUUCUUGAAUUACAUGUUGCAAAGCUUUGGCAAUUUUUGAGCUUUACAAAGAAAAAAAGUUGGGUUUUUUUGUAAAACCAUCCUGAAAGGCCAGGAACAUUCAUGAUUUUUGCAUUGAGUGCCCUUAUGUGAAAUUGAAGGCCCGAUCCUAUGGGAUGACAAGAUCCCUCAGUUUCUGAGGGACAGUAAAAUUUGUUAUGAAGGUUAUGAAGAAAGAUUUACAGGCUCUUUGCUUAAAGUGUGCAAGUAUCUUCAUGGAAGAUGCAUAAAACUGAGGGACUCUUUUAACUAAAGCACUAAAAUCAUAGCAACUGGAAAUGAUCUGAGAAAUUCCAAUAGAAACGUUGCUAUUUCUAAACAGGGCUGUGAACUACUGAAGCUACUUGUGUCACUGAUGGAUGAGUUGAAGUUUCCAGUAUUGUGGAAUCUCUAGAAGACAUUCAAGUUAUUUGCUUUAAUAAAGGUCUACCCAGAGUGAACCUGGCAGUUGUCUACAUUCCUAGUGUGAGUUUUGAUGUCCAUUGGUGGACUUCUAAAUGUAGGACAGAAAUCCCAUUUUACUGGGCACACGUGCACACAGCACCUCUGUUCAGUUCCUUUGCUGGAGCAGAGCAUUUUUGGCUGGGGAACAGGGAGGAAGCAGCACUGGACACAGGGGAGCAGGUCAGGACACCACUGUCCCAGGUCAUGGUGUGGGAGCCUCAGCUUGGAUCUUGUUUGUUAUCCCAUAACUUUUGAAUUGUAAUGCAAAAACUUUUCUGUCUUCCCUGAAAAUGAAAAGUAAGGGCUGUAAACCAGCGGAGGGUUCAUGUAAUGUGAUGUGAAAUGCAUCUGAUUUUCAGUUGGGUAAAUUCUUAAGUGUGGUCAGGUUUCCCCUGGGGCCUUAUCACUCUGUCACAAGAGUGACAUCGGGAUCUUGGAGCUGGCUGAUAUUUUUUUUUUUUGCUCUUGGAGUGGGGCAGAGGAAAGAAGGACUUGGGUAAUUCAUGAUAAAGAAAUCCACAUCAACUGUAUUUAUUUAUUUUUAAAUAAUACUCAUGUUACACUCUUAUUCCUUGGUUUACUUGUGAUAUUUUAAACCCUCCAGCAGGUGCUGCUGCGUCCUGCAAAUGUCAUCUUCGUGAAGGGGAAGAAAAACCAGUAGUUUAAUUUAAUACAACUUUGUUUAGUGCCAUGAAUAUUUCUGUGUUCUCUUUUCUUCCUCAAGCUAUUUACCAGCAGAGUUACUAAGGAGUGAGUUUUUAUGAUCCCAGCGUAUUUAACCCUGCAAGUAAAAAGAGGUUGAAGAUCAGUGGGAGUUGCUGAUCAAGGUCAUGCUCAGAGCAAAUUGAACAGUCACAGGGCAGCUCACAAGACUUUUUAGAGUUUUGGCCCUGGUUUAUAGAUGAGAGGAGGAAAUUGCUAAAUGUGAAGUGUGUGGUCCCCAAAGUGAGUCAGUGGCAAAGCUGGAAAGAGUUAAAAUUUACCACUUUAUAUUUUUUUUUUAUUUGUAGUUUUUUUAUAAACAAUCAUCAUUUGUUGAUGAUGUUUUAAGUAACCACUGAAAUGUUGCAAAUGAUUGUGAAGAACAAUUGAUUACAGCUCCUGAGAUACCAUUCCCAGCAGUGAGAUCAACAAAGGGGUUAAAAGUGAGACAGGCCUAUCUUUUACUUGAUUCAAAGCUCUCAGUAAAUGAUUGUUGGAGCUCUGCCAUGUAUAACAGAGCAUUUAGAAAGCACGCCACAGACUCUGCUUCCUCCUGAGGAGAGCUUGUCUGUCAACAUCUCACUUUAAUUGUAGUCUUUUAAGGUACCAGCAGGCAGGCAAAUCUCACCAGGCAGCAGUCAUGGAAGAUCCAGUCUUUACCAACGUCAAUGAAAAUGUUAAUGACACCAGUGUCUGUGAGGUCUCAGACUCUGAGGAAGACAAAGGGGGUCAUCUUUAUUAUCAUGUCCGUAAAGAUUCAGCAUCUCCUUCUUCCAUCGCUAAUAUCCCAGAGAACAUGAAUGGUAGUCAAGAGAACCCAGAAGAUAACUGUAGUAAUUCUGUGGCCUCUCAGCAUGGAGGUGAUGGAGAAGAUGAUUCUUCAUUUCGCCAUGGUGCUGGAGAAGAUGAUUCUUCAUCUCACUGUGGUGCUGGAGAAGACCACCCCUACCAGCAGAUGGAUCUGAUGAGCCCAGCUCUGGAAGAGAAACAUGUAGAGGUCACGAUGCUUGAGAGCAACCUUCAUUUUCCUCCGGAUCUCCAGUCGCAUCUGAGACAGAGCACUUUUUCCGACUCUUCAACUUCCCUCAAGUUUCCCCUUAACAAUAACUCUGGAGAAACUAACAACUUUCAGGAAGAUUUUGAGAUUUACAUUUUUGUAAAGGCUGGUAUAGAUGGAGAAAGCAUUGGGAACUGCCCAUUCUCCCAGCGUCUCUUCAUGAUCCUGUGGCUCAAAGGAGUUGUGUUCAACGUCACCACUGUUGAUCUGAAAAGAAAGCCAGCUGACCUGCACAAUCUGGCUCCUGGGACCCACCCACCUUUCCUGACAUUUAAUGGAGAAGUCAAGACAGAUGUUAACAAGAUUGAGGAAUUCUUGGAAGAGAUUCUUGCACCUCCAAAGUACCCCAAGCUGGCUGCUAAGCACCGGGAAUCAAACACUGCUGGAAUUGAUAUCUUUUCCAAAUUUUCUGCAUACAUCAAAAAUACCAAGCAGCAGGAUAAUGCUGCUCUUGAAAGAGGCUUGGUGAAGGCUCUGAAGAAGCUCGAUGACUACCUGAGAACCCCUCUGCCAGAGGAGAUCGAUGCAAACAGCACUGAAGAGGACAAAGUGUCCAAACGCAAGUUUCUGGAUGGAGAUGACCUGACUCUUGCUGACUGCAACCUUCUGCCCAAACUCCAUGUUGUCAAGAUUGUUGCAAAGAAAUACCGCAACUUUGAGUUCCCGACGGAGAUGACGGGGCUGUGGCGGUACCUGAAGAACGCCUAUGCCAGGGACGAGUUCACCAACACCUGUGCAGCAGACAAGGAAAUCGAGCAAGCCUAUGCAGAUGUGGCCAAGCGGCUCAGCAAGUCCUAACUGACCUCAGUGGUGGCUCAGUAUCCCCUUUUACAGACUCUUCUCCUUGUUGCCUUAAGAUAUACUUUGUUGUUAUGCUGUCUGGUUGGCAUCCCUAUGACUUCACCUGUUCCAAGUGUAUUGGUCAGGGACAAAUCUGCUUCUCCCUGGAGAAAAGGCAGCUCUGGUGGGGUGGGUGGAGACCCUUUAAAGUCUAACCUAAGAUCUGGCUCGACUAGUAUUAUUUGCAAUCAGUAUUGGAAAUGAGUCUUUACAACUUUCUUGUUUCAUGUGGGGCGUAUAUCACCACCUGUAGUCUUUACAGUUUUAAAAAUAAGAUAUUAGCUGAAUAUUCGGAUAAGAGAGUUAGGAACACAUAGAACUGGUUCUUCUGUAGGUUAUUUCAAGGACGCUUUUCCCCCCAGUGCUAAUGAAAUCCUGAGGCAUGAACAAAAUACAAGAGAGAGGGGGGGAAAAAUAGGAGUUUGACCCUAAAGCAGAAAUACUCUCAGCAGUUAUAUUUAAAUAAACUCUCUGAAUGCACGUUCUGUUUUAGCAGGCCCAAGAGUUUAUAGGGUAUUUAUUUUUAACUUGGUGGAAGAGGGGGAAGCCAGAGCAAAUAUGUCAGACUUGCAGAUGCUACUCUGCAUAAAAUUUGCAUGGUGUUGUUGGAUCCAAAUGUUUAAAGCAAAAGAGAGUGAAUGAACAACUGAGCAGGCAACCCUUGGAAGAGCAGGGCUCGUGCCAAAAUGCCCAGUGGAUCAGCUGGUUGGUAAAGACAGACAGACACAGCUAUAAUGGGGGCAGCAGAUUGACUCCAGCACCCACAGAGGGAAUUGGCACAGCUAACCAAACCAUGUAGGAUAUUGUCAUCUUGACUGUAUGGCUGCCAGUUCCUUUAUAAUUGCUAUCUUGGGAAACUUGGAUCAGCAGUAGAAAGCUGUCGCUGCACAUGAAUUCCAGGCAGGGGGAAGCGCUUUCUUCGCCUUGGGCUCCAGAUGGGUCACUUUCAAGUGCUCAUCAUCUCACCCCAGGAGAAGUUUGCUCUGAGAGCCUCAAAGAGGGCAGGCUGAAACAGUAAGAGGCACGUUUCCAGCCAGAAAUUCAGCAAGUAUGCCAGCAGAAAUCCGUGCAACAUGCCUCAGUCCCGUUCAUCCAGGGUUUACCGAUCCAGGUUCCAUGAUUCUGAAUUAGGAAUUUUUUUCUAACAGUAAUUAUUUUGUUCUAUCUGUAGUUCCUUCCUGGCACAUCUGCUUUAUACUAGUGAUUAUUUGCACGUUCCUUUAGCAAAUUCAGAUUGACAGCUCUUUUACUUGAAACUCAUGUGCCCCAAUAUGUAUAGCAGUGCACACGGCUCAUGAUUUUUCAGUUUAGGGGGAUUUAUUGCUGUUUUAAAAGAUAAAACAAAAUUGAGCUCUAACCUGAUGUGGCUCCCCUUCUGAUCGGAGCUGCUAGAGCUGCACAAAUUUGAGGGGAACCCUGAGCUGGUGAGCUGUGACCAACAGGAACCUCACAGCAGGCUUGUUUGCAGCCAGAGAGCUGGAGGAGUGGAGACAGCAUCAAGUGCCAGCCUCUGCCGUGUGAUGCUGAUGACAAUCUGAAACCAUCCUGUUGCUUUAGUGGGAUUAUUCCACUUUUCACACUAACCCAGCUGGGCGUAGAAUGUUACUCAUUAACUGUGAAGAUAGUUUGUGGUUGACUAUUGUUUCUCAUGCAAUGGUCAAUUUGUUCUGAACUUUCAAAACCUUGUAAGAAAAAUCCAUGAACUCUCAAGUCUUCUCCUAGAACGGGCUGUUUUAUCAGUGGCUAGACAGGAGGGCAAAGGCUCGCACUCUUUAAAAUAUUGCUGAGAAAUCAGCUGGCUCAGAGAACACUAAUAGCAGCCAGAAAAAUCUAAUGAGAUUAGAAGUGUCUGCACAAGCACAUGUGGCUUGUUAAAAAUAUUUCUUCAUGAGGUUGGAAUUAUUAUUUGUGAUAUUAUUUUCUUUUUUUCCCUUUUAU